AUGGUUUCCUUAAAAAAUCCUUGUAUUGUUUUUACAGUAAUUGUUUAUUAUAUAAAGGCCGUAUCCUCUUUAAUACUGGAUUUAUCUAAUUUAAGUAACUCUGUUUUGGAGGUUCAAAGUACUGUUGAAGAUGGAAUAGUUAUAACUAAAAUAUACUCAACACCAGAAAAAAAGAUAACUGAAAUAUAUCAAGGAUUUAUAGAAAUCUGGAUUGGUUAUCCAGGUGAAUCGGCCAAAUGUGUUACAUAUAUUAAGUUUAAACGACCUAUCAGGGCAAUUCUCAAAAUUGAAGUUGACAAUCCUGUUUUAAAUUCUAACUAUUAUCUUUUUAAAAAAUAUUCAAAUUAUAAAUAUAUCAGUAAAGACGAAUUUGAAAAAAAAUAUGAAGAAAUUAAAGAUCUUUGUAAAUCAAUUGAUGUAUCAAUUGACAAUGAUAAACCUAAAAGACUAAGAAAACAUAAACCAAAAAUUAAGGAUACCGAUUAUAAAACUAGGAAAAGUAAAAAGAAAUCUAUUGCUCAAGAAAAAUUAGACCCUGAAGAGACGGAUACUGCAGAUGAAAUUCCGUCAGAUAAAGACGAUGAUGAACCUGAGGAUCUAACGGAGGAACAGAGACAAAAGAUAAAGGACCAGGUUUUGGAGAAGAUUGAUUUUGAAGUUUCAUCAGAUGAAGAUAUUGAUGUUGAUGGACCUACUCACUCCCAUAUACAAUCUGAUGCGAUUACUCAAACUGAAACUCAAUCUUAUGAACGUACAGGACCUCAAGUAUUAGACCGUGAAGCUGUUUCAGAGGAAUCGGUUAGAGUUGAGGAGGCUGGAAAAAUAUCGGUAGAAUUUUCUGACGAUGAGAUAGAAUCUGAAUUAUUUCAAGUAAAUUUGGGAUCAGAUAGUGAUGAUGAACCUCUAAUAAUUAAAGCGUUUAUACCAACAAGUACUCAAACAAAUAAAAAAACUAAAACAGAUAACGAACAAACGUAUACAUAUUACACAACUUACACAUUGAGCAAAUCUCAAUCUCAGGUUUCCAAAACAACUACUGAAUCGGCAGAACAAUUAGUACCAGAAACUAUUCCAGUGGAAAUAGGAUCAGAUGAAGAAGACCACGAAAGUGAAAUUUCAGAUAUUGAACUGCUAUUUUCAUCAGAUGAAUCAAGUCAACAAACAGAAAAAAUUGCUAAACCUAAAAAACCUAGGAUACGUAGACCUAGAAAACAAAAACCUGAAAGUGAAACAGAAAAAGUUGGUAAACCUAAACGUAAACGAGGUAGGCCUAGAAAACUAAAACCAGAUGAAGUUGAAGAACCUAAACGAAAACGAGCUAGACCAAAAAAACAUAAAGCAGAUGAACUUGAUACAGAUCACAUUGAAGUACAUAAACAAGUGAGAAUUGAUAAACGUAAAAGUAAACAAGGUAGACCAAAAAUUAAGGAUACCGAAAAAACAACUAAACAAACAACUGAACAACCAGAACAUUUAGAAUUACAACCAGAAACUAUUCCAGUGGAAAUUGAGUCAGAUGAUGAACAUGAGGAUAUUGAUCUGGAACAAGAGUUAUUAAAUGAACCACUAUUUGGAGAAGAUGUUGAGAAAUUGUUAGAACGUGAACUUGAUAAUAUUGGUAUAUCAACAAAUGAACUUGAUUCAGUAUUUGAAGAGAAAUCUAAAGAUGACAAUUAG